AUUUGGUAAAAACAGAACGAAGGACGAGGAGGGAAACGUUUUGUAGGAAACUCUUCUCUCUCCCGGUGACCACGCACGCGACCGAGCUCCUCUCCCAAACCCUCCGACUCGCGCCUCUCCCGUUUCUCUUCGUAACGCGCCGCCGUCUGCUUGGUUGUUGCUCCGCCACCUGCUCCUUCGGCCGUCGCUGCUGCGUUGCCUGAUCCGCCUGUUAAGUGACCUCUGCCGCUGCUUCGUUGUCUGAUCCGCCUGUUAGCUUUUAAGCACAUCAAAAUCCAAUCACAAUGGCUAUGAUUGAUGAGCCAUUGUAUCCAAUUGCCAUCUUGAUAGAUGAGUUGAAAAAUGAAGACAUACAGCUGCGCUUAAAUUCCAUUCGCAGGUUAUCUACCAUUGCACGUGCACUUGGGGAAGAAAGAACUAGAAAAGAACUGAUACCCUUUCUAAGUGAAAACAAUGAUGAUGAUGAUGAGGUGCUUCUUGCCAUGGCUGAAGAAUUGGGGAUGUUCAUUCCAUAUGUGGGUGGUAUAGAAUAUGCUCAUGUUUUGCUCCCUCCUCUGGAAACAUUAUGCACUGUGGAGGAAGCUUGUGUUAGAGACAAAGCAAUUAAAUCUCUUUGUAGGAUUGGGGCUCAGAUGAAGGAAAGUGAUGUGGUGGAGUGGUUCAUUCCCUUAGUAAAGAGACUAGCUUCUGGUGAGUGGUUCACUGCCAGGGUUUCGUCUUGUGGAUUGUUUCACAUUGCUUAUCCAAGUGCGACUGAGUUACUCAAGGCAGAAUUGCGGUCUAUAUAUGGGCAAUUAUGUCAAGAUGAUAUGCCUAUGGUUAGAAGAUCUGCUGCAUCAAAUCUUGGAAAAUUUGCUGCUACGGUUGAACCAAACAAUCUGAAGACAGAUAUCAUGUGUGUAUUCGAUGACCUAACUCAAGAUGAUCAAGAUUCAGUCCGCUUGUUGGCUGUUGAGGGCUGUGCUGCCCUUGGGAAGUUAUUGGAACCACAAGAUUGUGUUGCGCACAUUCUUCCAGUCAUUGUUAAUUUCUCCCAGGAUAAAUCAUGGCGUGUGCGCUAUAUGGUUGCUAAUCAGUUAUAUGAACUUUGUGAAGCUGUUGGAUCUGAACCUACAAGCUCUGAUUUGGUGCCUGCUUAUGUACGGCUUCUUCGAGAUAAUGAGGCUGAAGUGCGUAUAGCUGCUGCUGGAAAUGUGACUAAACUUUGCUGGAUCUUGAACUCUCAACUUGCAAUCCAGCAUAUUCUCCCUUGUGUGAAGGAAUUAUCAUCUGAUUCUUCCCAGCAUGUACGCUCGGCUUUGGCUUCGGUUAUUAUGGGAAUGGCUCCAGUCUUGGGGAAGGAUGCUACUAUUGAACAACUUCUUCCUAUUUUUCUGUCUAUGCUCAAAGACGAAUUCCCAGAUGUUCGACUCCAUAUCAUUAGCAAACUUGAGCAAGUUAAUCAGGUAAUUGGAAUUGAUCUGCUUUCCCAGUCUUUGCUGCCAGCUAUUGUUGAGCUUGCAGAAGAUAGACACUGGCGAGUUCGGCUUGCCAUAAUUGAGUAUAUCCCUCUGUUGGCGAGUCAGUUGGGAAUUGGUUUUUUCAAUGAUAAACUUGGUGCUCUUUGCAUGCAGUGGCUUGAGGAUAAGGUCUUCUCUAUUCGAGAGGCAGCUGCUAAUAACUUAAAGCGACUCGCUGAGGAAUUUGGCCCAGAAUGGGCGAUGCAACACAUAGUGCCACAGUUGCUGGAUAAAAUAAACAACCAACAUUAUCUGCAUCGCAUGACCAUCCUACAAGCAAUCUCUCUUCUAGCUCCUGUCUUGGGUUCUAGUAUAACUUGGCAAAAGCUUUUGCCUGUAAUCAUUACUGCCUCAAAGGACGGGGUUCCAAACGUUAAAUUCAAUGUGGCGAAGAUCCUCCAGUUGCUCAUACCUAUAUUUGACUACUCUGUGGUGGAGCAGACUGUCCGCCCAUGUCUUGUUGAACUUAGCGAGGACCCAGACGUCGAUGUGAGGUAUUUUGCCAACCAAGCACUUCAGUCUUGUGAUUCAGUGAUGAUGUCAAGCUAGAGAGUGCUCUAGCACCAAAUUCUGUGUUUGUUUCUCAAUGCUCCAUUUCAGAGUUCUGAUGAGAUGUAAUAUUUAUGAUGUGUUACUAAUCAUGAUAAGUUGUGAUAUCGCGUACUUGUCGCAAUAGCCUAUUGCGUGCCUUGCCUUUUUGAGCGGUGAAUUUUAGAAACAAGAUGAUUUUGUUUUUCUAUCAUUUAGAGAUAUGGUGCAUUGGAACUA